AUGUACCAUCAAGACACGGUCGUGAACCACGAACCCCCAAAGCCCCCAGCCAUAGAAAUCGAAGGAGAACCAGAAUUCAAAAAAGGCUAUGACCAUUCCGACGAUACAUGGGAACCCCGAACAAAUCUUACCAACGCCGAUGAACUUCUUCACGAAUUCCACCAGCAACACCCAGAUGCAGCCAAAGCACCAAUCAGGGUCGUCACUUUUGGUGGAAAACGCUUCGAAUUAUCCUCAUAUGAAGUUGCACCGAUCUCCACACACCGAAUCAAUAUGUCCGACCAUCCAGACGAGUUCUUCCUAUAUCAUAAAAUGACAGAUCUCGCCAAAUCACUGAAAAAAUCCUCAAAUGAAGCAGCAGGAUGGGAUAUUUAUGCAGCAGAAACGCAUGAAAUCCCCCCGCAUUCACGAGCUGUGGUAGGAAUGGGAGUCAUGAUUGACCCUUCCAAACAUACCUAUACACGAAUAGCUCCACACAGCGGACUUGCUGCACGAGGAAUUGACGUGGGCGCAGGAGUCGUCGAUCCAGAUUACACUGGAGAACUCAAAGUCCCCAAAUAA